CUGCAUUUCUCACAUUCUUUAUACUUCCUCCCUUGGUGCAGCAGGAUCCUGAAGACGUCUAUUACUUUCUUUGUGUCUAUGCACCCUGCGCCUACGUGCGAUCUGACACCGUGGGUACUUGCUUGGUACUUCCAGCAACCUGAAAUAUCUAACUUUGCGCUUUCAAGUAAAUUAUCGUUCUGGCAAUAUCUCCAUCCUGUCCAUAGCUACACAAUCAGCCUCAAAUAUCUUUUGCUCUAGGCUCUUGUUCGCACACAGUCGAUGGGGGAAAAUGCUUUCGGCUUCGAACACUUACUUUGGAUUUCCAGUUCAGAUCAUAUCAUUCCCCCUGCUUUGUACUUUGAAAGGUGUCUGUGUUGUCGUGUUGAGUCGUGUUCGAUUGUGUAUCCCACAGCCAAGGCGCCGAACACCUGCAGAGAUACUCAAGAUGACGGGGUAUUACGUUUUUGUGUUUGGUUUGCGAAAACUUUGAGCGGGAAAAUCAAUGCGAUAAAGUAUGACAAUACGAGCAGAACGGCAAGAAGCUGUGUCUACAUCAUUCUUGAGAGACUAGGAGGAUAAGAAUUUUGUGUGCAGAAUUUGCAUUGCUCUCAAUCGAGUGUAAUUCUUAAUAAGAUCUUGUUCUUUGAGCUCCUCACUCCUGAGUCGCAAGUACACCUUUGAAUUUACGA